AUGAUAUAUAGUAGAAGAGCAAAUAUAUAUGAUUUAGUAAGUUUAAGUGAUUGUAAUUUGGUAAAUGUAAUUGAAAAUUAUCAAAUGAAAUAUUAUUUUUAUCAUUUAUUAUCAUGGCCACAUCUUACUAAUAUUACUAUUAAUAAAGGAUUUGUUUGUGGUUAUUCCAUGUCCAAAUUAGAAGAAGAUAAGAAUAAGGCUGGACAUGUUACAGCUGUUGGUGUAUUAAGAUCAUUUAGAAAUUUAGGAAUUGCAACUAAUGUUAUUAAACAAACACGAAAGGGAGCUAAUUCUAUAGCUAUGGAGUGUACUAGUGAGAAAAUUAGUAAUAAAAUUGCUGCUGUAACUAAUUUUGGGGAGUCAGAUAAUGCAAUGAAUAAAGUAUAUGAUUGUGAUUGUUCAUAUUUAUAUGUACGAGUUACAAAUUGGGCGGCAUAUUCAUUAUAUAAAUUCUUAGGAUAUUUUGUUGAUGAAGUAGCUAAAGAAUAUUUUCAUGAUAAAGAAGAUGCAUAUUCUAUGAAAUUAAUUUUUAAAAAAAAUCCUUAA